UUCUCUGUCGUCGUGCUGUCUCCUCUCCCUUCCUUUCUUUUACUCCCUGUGCUCUGUCCUCUGUCAUCAAGAACAGGAGAAGAGGAGAGCUGAACGGGGACGGACCGAUCGCAACACGGGACUGAUCGCGGCCAUCGCUCUGUGAGUGCGUGCAGUAAUAAACCAAUGAAAGGAAGAAGACCUUAUCACAGAACAGUAAAAGGAGUGAACCAAUCAGAAGAUGAAAAGGAAAAACAGGUAGUCCAAGAAGAAGAUGGUCUCUCUUCCUCAUUAUGCCCUUUAUGUGGGCGUGACUUUGACAUGCCCCUCCUCCUCCCCUGUUCACACACAUUAUGUGGGCGGUGCUUAACAGAGGGGGCAAGGCUAGACAAACACAGACCUGCAGUAAGGGGUGUGUCCUCUCAUCCAGUCUGCGCCGUCCUUUGCCCACGUUGUUGCCAUGGUGUUGAACUGCCCUGCUUUGAUUGGUCAUCAGCCAUUAGGUGCUUGCCCAUUGACCCUACAGUGAGCACUGGUGCUGAAUGUGGGGCAGCUGUGUGUCAGCUACCAGAGAGACAACAAGAGGAAGAUGAGAAUGAGCAGUAUGUGAGAACAAAUAUUACCAUGAGAUCAGAUGACUCUGUGGACCUUUCUCACGAAGAGAUGGAACGGUCAGUGUCAGGCCUGUUCUUUGCUCUACACUCAGCUGCCCCGUCCCUCCACCUCACGAACUCCACCCUCACAGCAACCUUCAGGGGUGAUACCAGUGCAUGGGGCAACUAUGGUGAUCAGUCUGGGGAGCAUGACUCCUCCACUCGCCUCCCUCAGGUCUGUGGCAAUGUGGCCAUCCACAGAGGCCAGUACUACUGGGAGGUUGAUGUGUGUAACAGCGCCCUCUACAGGGUUGGUGUAUGCUCAUUGGAUGGCGACCAGGCAUGGUGGUUUGAGAGACGUGGUCCUGCAUUCCAUGCUGUGUUUGAUGGACGGCAUGAACUCCUGCCUUCUGUUCCCCCACAGCUGAAGACAGUGGGUGUGUUUUUAAAUGUGGGCGGAUUUUCUCUCACCUUCCACAACCCAUUAACUCAAGAACUUCUUACUGCAAUCCCCUCCCACUUCAUCCCUCCUCUUUGCCCCGCAUUCCAAUUGGGCCAGGGCAGGCUCAAGCUCCGCCCAGGCCUGCCACCACCAAGUCACAUCUUCUUGAGCUGCAGCACGGCCUACCGGGGACCGGAAGGGGCAGGAGGUGGCCGAUGGAAACGAGAUGUUGCUUUCAGAUCAGUAAGGACUGUCAUUCAGAAGUUUGAGGAGAUGGCAAUGUCAGACUCUGAUUCAGGCCUGAUGUCCAGUUAUAGCUCCAGCUCACAAGCUUCCCUGCCUGAGCCAAACCCAGAGACAGUUCAUCCUAAUGGCUAAUACUGAGGAUCCAACAAGUGUUUUGGUGCCUCAACCUACACUGCCCUCUUGUGGCUAAUUUCAAAAAUACUUCAAUUGGACAGUGGUUAACAAUAAAUAAACUACCAAUGAUGGGUGGUUAAUUAUAAAUGAACACCGGUGGAGACCAGUUAGCACAACCAUAACAAUGUCCACAGAACUUGUCCAGCAUGAUCUCUUUAGAAUAAUAAUGAAUGAAAGUGAUUUUUCUAUAUUCCCUAGGAGAAGAGCGAUAAAAAAAAAAUGAUCAAUGAUCAAUAAGCCGAUCCUUCCUCCAUCCUUAAAGAUUUAUAAAUUUUCCCACAUGUUGGAUUGUCCAAAUGUUUAAAAAUUGGCAAAGUGACAAAGAUAGAACAUAUAUUGUUUUUUUUUGUUUGUUUUUUUUUGCUGAUUGAGACAUGCCUGAUUCAGCAUUGCGUAAAUGUGAAUUUCUUCACAAAACACAAAUCAGGCAGGUCUGUAGGUGUGGGAGUGACUGCUCUGUAUUAAGCUAGUGGAGGGCAUUAGUGUACGGCCUACUGGAGGGCAGUCCUCUCGUAGUGUUAGUGUACAGCCUAGUGGAGGGCAGUCCUCUCGUAGUGUUAGUGUACAGCCUACUGGAGUGCAGUCCUCUCAUGGUGUUAGUGUACGGCCUAGUGGAGGGCAGUCCUCUCAUAGUGUUAGUGUACAGCCUAGUGGAGGGCAGUCCUCAUAGUGUUAGUGUACGGCCUACUGAAGGGCAGUCCUCUCAUAGUGUUAGUGUACGGCCUAGUAGAGGGCAGUCCUCUCAUAGUGUUAGUGUACAGCCUAGUGGAGGGCAGUCCUCAUAGUGUUAGUGUACGGCCUACUGAAGGGCAGUCCUCUCAUAGUGUUAGUGUACGGCCUAGUAGAGGGCAGUCCUCUCAUAGUGUUAGUGUACAGCCUAGUGGAGGGCAGUCCUCAUAGUGUUAGUGUACGGCCUAGAGGAGCGCAGUCCUCUCAGAGUGUUAGUGUACGGGCUAGUGGAGGGCAGUCCUCUCAUAGUGUUAGUGUAUGGCCUGCAUUUGUAUAUUCAGAAGCUAUAAAUCACUAUCUGUUCAGGAUCUGGUCAAUCCAAAAGAGAAAAUUUCUCUUUCUUUAUCUCUCACUUUAUCUCUCUCUCUCUCUCUCUCUCUCUCUCUCUCUCUCUCUCUCUCUCUCUCUCUCUCUCAUUUGAAUGCUUUGGAAGGAUCUGUUCAUUCUUUCCCUGAACCACCCAUGCAUUGUUUAACUCACAUUUUCAGAAUGUCAUGCUAUUAAAUGGUCAGCAGUCACUCAUUUUAUUCACGCCAGAGAAACAGAGAAACACAGAUGAUUAGGUUUGUGUGUGUGUGUG